AUGCGGAACAUCGCCCUAAUAGCUGCUCUUUCGGCACAGUGUCAGGCUGUUGUAUCGUACAACUGUAGCCUGAAGGUUGACAACUUUGUCAACCAAGGUCUGUCGUUGGACAUGGUGUCGUCACUUAUCAUCGGAUCUCAGGCUGCGGUCGUUGUCGACCUUCCGCUGGCAGUGACGCAGGCCAAUCUGCUGGCAGCGUGGGUUAAGAACACGACAGACAAGCCACUUGUUGCAGCUUUUACCACGCAUAAUCACCCGGACCAUUAUCUUAGUGGUCAAGCCUUCCUGGACCACUUCCCUGGAGCCAAACACUACGCAACGGCGGAAGCUGCGGCUUGGAUAAAGAACGAGGCCGUUAACAAAACCGAAUACUGGUCAUCCGUCUUUGGAGAGGGCGUCAUCGCAACCACUCCGGCCAUUCCCACCCCUUACAACUACUCUUUCUUCGUUCUUCCUGGUGACGAAGCCUGUCCCGUGGAGAUUAUCGAAUCAAUAGGCGGCGACACAAUUGACGAAGCUAUGUUCUGGAUUCCAAGCAGCAAGACCCUGAUUGCAGGGGAUGUUGUUUACGGCCACCAGAUGCAUUUGUGGCUCGCCGACCUCUUAACCCCUGCUCUUACAAAAUCCUGGCUCACGUCCCUCGACUUUAUCACCAAGCUCAAGCCUAGCCGAGUCAUUCCUGGCCACGCAUUGUCUGCGGACACCUUCGACGCGGCCAAGGACGUUAUCCACACCAGAGACUACGUUUCCUUCUUCCAGAAGAACAUUGAAGCUAAGGGUGCUGAAUUCUACAGCCCCGUCGAGAUUUCGACUCUGAUUGACAAUCAGUUUCCCGGUCUCCUGAACCUAUCUUCUUCGACCACAUCAAGCCAGCUCCUCAACAUCACGGCCGAGAAUUUCGGCAGAGGAGGCCAGAGACAGAUUCACUACUUGGAUUUGUUGGCCUUCAACGAUCCCGAGACAUUAGACGGCUGGCAGCUGUAA